UAGAUGAAGAUAUUCAGUGUUAAUGCAAAUUUAGGACCAUGCUGCACACAGAUUUGAGGCGUAUUUUUAUUUUUGUGAAAACGUGAAUUUCUAUGAAACUAUUUGAAAAAGGACAUUUAUAUAGUAAAUUUGUACCAUUAUAACAUAGCCACUUUCAGCAGUUGAAGUUAAUUUCAGUAAAUUGCCACUGUAAUGCUUCAUUCAGGCUUUAGACAUGGUAUAGAAACGUCAGAUUUUUUUCUCUAUCGAGAACCUGUUGUAUAUUUUGUGAUGGAUGAGGGUGCUUUACGUGGGUUGGACCCUCGUGCCAACCCACAGCUCCAGACAAGGGCUCUCCAGUACUUUGAACAACUGAAAACAUCAGGAGAUGGAUGGAAGCUAUGUGCCGCAGCAUUUACAAAUGGAAGUUACUUUGGGAACGAUCAUGUGAGAUUUUUCUGCCUUCAAGUGAUUGAACAUUAUCUAAAAGUAGGGUACAGGGAGGCAGGCAUUGAGGAACAACAAAAUGUAAGGAACCUUAUAUGUACCUGUCUGCAGCUAUUGGGAAAUGAGUCAAACCAAGACCGGAGUUUUCUUCGCAACAAAGUAGCCCAGAUUGCCUCCCUUGCCUUUGUGACGGACUACCCCCACCGCUGGCCCUCAUUCUUCACCGACCUGAUUGGUAUCCUGUCCCCCAGCGCCAAAGCCGUGGACAUCUACCUGCGAGUGUUACUAAGUAUAGACAGCGAGGUGGUAGACAGGGAAAUCGUUCAUACUUACGAGGAGAUCCAGAGAAACACUGUCAUUAAGGAUGCGAUGAGAGAACAAAGUGUUGUACAACUAACAGAGACUUGGUACACUAUACUGACCCAGUUUCAAUCCAGUAACCCUGAGGUUACCUGUAUGUGUCUGGACGUCAUCGGGAAGUUUGUCACCUGGAUAGACAUCAAUCUCAUCGCCAACGAUAAAUUUGUACAGGUGCUGUUAGAGUUUAUGUCCAUGCCACUACUGAGGGAGAGUGCGUGUGAUUGUAUCCAUGACAUCAUAAACAAAGGCAUGGAACCGGUGGCCAAGACAAAGCUGAUCGAGUCCUUCACCUCAAUCUUACAAGUCAGGGGAAUCUUCAACCCUCAAGAGGAGGAGGAGGGGGACUAUUUGUCCAAGCUGUCUAAACUGAUCAAUGGAAUCGGGGUCAAUCUUAUCAUCAGCUGGCAAAAGUUACAGAAGUCAGACGACCAGGCAAAUAGCCAGGUUACCAUGGCAGCUCUGGAGGAGAAGGUACCGUUGAUGUUCCGUUUCCUUGGUGAUGAGGAUGAUGACGUAUCGGGGGCCGUGAUCGCGUUUGUACAGGAAUACAUCGGAGUUCUGAAACAACUGAAGCAGCUGUCUCCAAAGCACAGAGAACACAUCGAGGGUCUGUUGUAUAUUGUGAUAAAAAAGAUGAAGUAUGAUGAUUCCUACAAUUUCGACCAUGAGGGAGAGGAAGAGGCCAUGUUUCAGGAGUACAAGAAACAACUGAAAACCAUCUUCACAAACCUGGCAGCUCUGGAUACAGAGUUGAUGGUAGUGACUAUACAUAACUUGGUCAGUCAGACCCUGCCCCGGUGGGAGGCUAUGAAGGUGUGUGACAUUGAGGUAGCCAUCACAAUGCUGUACAUGCUGGGGGAGGCACUGCCAGGUUCCCAAAGUCAGCAGUUUAAUCCUGAUAUUUCCAAGGCCAGUCCCCUACAAAACAUGAUGAGGAUGCUCAUCACUAGUCGAGUCAGCUGUCAAGGUCAUAUGAUCGUGGAGCUGCAGUUUUUCGAGACCGUCACACGAUAUGAAAAGUUCUUCCUUGCUGAGCCUCAGCACAUUCCUGACGUACUGAUGGCUUUCACUGAUGAACGAGGAUUUCGUCAUGAAUCGGCUCAAGUCAGAAGUCGGACUUCUUAUCUGUUUUCAAGGUUCAUCAAAGGACUGAAGGGACAGUUGAACCCCUAUGUUGAGGAAGUGCUGAGUCGCGUUCAAGAUUUACUGGUUCUCAACACACCAGACAAUGGGUACCAGCAUCUCCUGUCCAAUGAGGACCAGUUAUUUAUCUACGAGACCGUCAGCAGUCUUAUCGUCUCCAGUAGUCUUUCUCCAGAGAGAAAACACCAUCUAAUGAAAGAGUUACUAUCCCCUAUUGCCAGUAAGUUUGAGAGUUUGUUGAACAAGCUUCAGGUGGAGACAGAUGAAAAGCGUCAGUUCGCCUACGCUCAGAGUAUCAACAUGGCUACCUCAUUAGCCAGCCGAGUGAGUAAGGGCUUCUCUAGUCAGCAGACCAUGCAGGCCUGUGGUUGUGUGGAGACAUUUACGGACCUGCUGAAGAUCUUCCUCCAGGCGGUGAACGUCCCCACCCACCGUCAGCUGAUACAGAUGGGGGUCAGGCAGUACCUCCACCGGAUGGUGGUCUGUCUGGAGAAGGAGAUCCUCCCGUUUGUCCCCGUCGUCCUGGAGAACCUACUGAAACAGCCCGAGGCCAAGGAACUCCACGACUUCUUACCUCUGAUGAACCAGUUAAUCAUGAAAUUCAAAUCUGCCAUAGUUCCCUUUCUACAACAAGUGUUCAUGCCUCUAGUCAGCACCAUCUUCCAGGUCCUGACGACCCCUACAGACGACCUUGACCAGGUCACGGCCGUAGAGAAGAAGAUGCUACAAAGAAGUUACUAUUUAUUUCUGUCCACCAUUAUAUCUAAUGACUGUCUGGACGUCCUCAAAAACCAAGAGAUGAAUAACCUUCACAAUUUACUGGUGACCAUUGUCCAAGGGGCCGCAGACAUUCCAGACCCACAGAGUCAAAAAAUGUGUUACAACAUUAUGAGAAAGCUGAUAGAGACUUGGGGUGGAAACAAUGGGUUGGUGGGCUUUGUGGAUUUUAUGUAUAAGAGUUUCCUACCUGCCUGCUUCCUUGGUCCCAUGAAACCAACAUUUGAUUUGAAUGAUGGACAAACCUCAUUGGCACUGGGAGAAUGUGCACAUUGUCUGAAGAGUAUGGUUGAUAAAAGGGGCCAGGAGUUCUUAACUUACCUGUCCACGGAUUACCUGCCUAAACUUAAUGUACCUCCUGAAAACGUCCAGGAAUUCUGUGAAGCUUUAAAGACAGACUAUAAAACUUUUAGAACAUAUUUAAAGAAUUUUUUCAUAAAGGCAAAGUCAUGACACAGGACUGGACUUGGAAAGGGAGAUAACUUUUACCAGUGUAGAUAUUAGAUAGUGGCCAUUCACAUUGUUGAUGCAAGCUGCUUUGUACCACCAAAGAAAACUCUGAUCAUGGCUUUUCUGUGUGGCAAAUUAAAAAUAAAGGCCUAAGGAGAGAAAGAGAUUUUUGGUUGUAUGGAGUCAUUGUGUUCUUGGUUGUACUGAGGAAGCUGCAUUUCAUCAUUUUUUUUUCAUUUGCUAUUUGUUAUUUUAUAUCAUUGAAAACAUUAAAAUAUCACGAUAUUGAUACAUGUUUGUAUGUGUUUGAGAAUGAUUUUCAUAAAUUAAACUACAGUAACAAUUAAAAAUAUCCAGGUACAUGUAUUAUUGAUCGUUUGAAAGGAGGACAUGUUCAUUUAAAAAAUGGUACACUGCAAUGUUUUAAAUGUUGAAAUGUGUUUUGUUUGACAAGCUAUUGUUAUUUUUGGCAUGCUUUGAGUUUUGUUAGAGAGAGAGAAAGUGAGAGAGAAAGAGAGUGAGAGAGAGACUUGAUAGAUGGUUAGAGUGCAAUGUCGCUCAGCUUACAUUUCAAAUCCUGUAAAAAUUAUUAAGUAGUUUAAAAUGAGGUUCAUGAAUGUUCUGUAAAGCCUGUGCUUUAAGCAAGUACAGUGAUACAGAAUUUAAAAAGUACCAUUCACAAACUUUUGAUUUGAUUGGCAAAAAAAUCACACACCCCAUCAGUUACAAUGUCUUGGUUUUUUUCUUCAUUUUUUUUUUAUAAUUUUUGAAAAAUGUUCAUAAUUUUAAUUGUUUUUUAUACUUCAUUUAUUUUUUAUUUUAUUUGCAAAGAGCAAUGCAUAGAAUCCAGGAAAGAUUUCAGUCUUAUUUUCUUUUUGGCAAUAGAGAUAUUUUGGAUGAUAUACUCUUUUUUUUUUUUUUAGUUUAAAUCAUUUGUUAAUGUGUACAUGAACUGCAUGCAUUUUGUUAAAAAUA